CAAAAGUAUAUGCAGGUUAGAGCAAAAUACAUAUUGAACUGUUAUUAUCCAAGUCCAGUUCAGCUGUGUGCUGAGCCAGAACAAUGGUGGGUAAGCACUUUAAUUUAGUAAAACUAAGGUGAUCAGCCAGUAUGUAAAUAGGCUGGUGAUCAGUUAGUGAUCAAAGAGUAAAGAGAGGUGUAGAUAUUGUAAUGUGGUCAGAAUAGAUGCAAUUGCAAAUGGAAACAAAGGCGCCGUAAACGACACAUUUGCAAUCAGACUUCAAGGAGCCCAUACGGAAACAUAGCUGACAUAUGACAAGAUGGACCCCUACUGGGUUGGCUCAAGUCCCCGGAAGUGGCUCCCAGAUGUCUCUGAAUUUGAAAGUCUGCUCUGCCCAAAUAUGUAUUUCCUUUUCACUAUUUGGAGGCAUGUAGAGGCCAACUAAUUUUCUAGCGUGUAGUGCCUCCUGUAUGACACUUCGUCAAGUUUUAUCUGCUGGAAUGGCAACCUAUUACUUUUACUUUAACUUUUACCGCAUUGCCUACAUUUUUUACAACAGUCACAGUAAAUCAAGUCAAGUAUGGUUAUAGAUGUGCGGCGAUGUGUUUUUGUUUUCUCUUUGACGGCUGCUUAAUUGGUCUAUUUAGUUAAAUCUAAAGAAUGUUUCUCCCGGGUGCUUUUAAUUUGAAAUGCUUCGGCGGAAGCUUUGUGUUUACGCUGGCUGGCUUGACGUGGUGGCUUUAAAUGGGAAUACCCUCUGUGCUGGGGAGUCUCCUUUAAAAAAUCUUGCCGCGUCACUGGGAUGCGGUCGCCGGAGCCGGGCACCUCGCCUACCAUCCCCGUCUGUAUGAGCACCCCCGAGAGGGACCACUCACCAUUUCCUCCACACCUUAAAGAUGACAGCCCCAUCAAACCUAACCCGUACAGCACCACAGCAACAAUGCUUUUUGGUGUUGUUCGACUUUGAUGAAACCAUCAUCAACGAGAGCAGUGAUGAUGCUGUGGUGCGAGCUCUGCCAGGCCAGCAACUUCCUGACUGGCUGAAAAACAGCUACAGGGAGGGGCACUACAACGAGCACAUGCAGAAGGUCUUGGUCUAUAUGGCGGAGCAGGGCGUGUCCAAGGACUCCAUUCAGUCAGCAGUGGAGAAGAUUCCACCCUCACCAGGCCUCCUGAACCUCUUCGAGUAUCUGCAGAGCCACCAGCAGGACUUUGAGGUGGCAGUGGUCUCCGAUGCCAACAUGUACUUCAUUGAGACGUGGCUGGAGCACGCUGGGGUGCGUCACCUUUUCCGGAGGAUUUUCACAAACCCUGCCAGUUUUGAUGCGACUGGUCGGCUUGUGCUGCUCCCUUUCCACUCCCACUCGUGUUCCUGCUGUCCUGACAACAUGUGCAAGCAGGUGAUCCUUCGGGAAUAUCUGGCUAGCCGACAAAAGGAGCGCGGUGGUGUUCCCUUCCACAGAGUAUUCUAUAUAGGAGAUGGGGCCAAUGAUGUAUGUCCCUCUCUGGUUCUGGGGCCCCAGGACACAGCCUUCCCCAGGAGGGACUACCCCAUGCACAGGCUGCUGCUAUCCCAGGCAGCCAAGUUCAAGGCAAAUGUAAAUCCUUGGGUCAGUGGCGAGGACAUAGUGGACUGCCUGAAGAAAAUAAUGGAGGAGAGAUGAGAUCUGUGUAUAUGUGUGUGUGUGUGAGUGUGUGUGUGUGUGUGUGUGUGUGUGUGUGUGUGUGUGAGAGAGAGAGAGAGAGAGAGAGAUGAAAAGGGGGGCAAUUAUAGGAACAGUUCACCAGCCCCAUCGUCCUGGUCAGCAGCAGUAUAGGCAUGAUUUUACCCUGGGAACACUUGGUACAAGUUGUAAAGACAUAGAUGAAUAGUGUGCAUCUAUUUUAAUCACCCGUUUGAAAAGCAAAUACUUUGGAAAUACACUUAUUCACUUUCUUGUUGAGUUUGAGGUGCCACUGUGAUGUCUGAACAAUGAAUAUGUAGCAGCCAUUUAGCUUAGCAUAGCAUAAAGACUGGAAACAGAGGCAAACAGCUAACCUGGCUAUGUACAGAGGUUACAAAAUUUGGCUGCAAACUUCAAAGAUGACAAAGAUGUAUCUUAUUUGUGUAGUCCAUACAAAAAGUAUGAAAAGUUUGUUGAUUUUAUGGGGGUUUAGAGAGAUUUUUCUUGGAUGUGGGGAGGAAAUCUUACUGCACCUGGCCAGGAAAUGAUCCAGUAUAUAACCCAACAUAAAACAUUGAAUGAUCAUUUUUAAAUUUUGCUUUAUGUAUGGAUUAAACAAAGCAGAUAAUAUGUUGGGCUGAAAGGCAAUCUUUGGAUGGAGCCAGACUAGAUGUUCCCCAUUGCUUCCAGUUUUUAUGAUAAGCUAAUGGCAGCAAAUAAACCAUACAGACAGGAGAGUGGUAUGAAUGAAUAAAUGUAUAAAUGAUAAACUUGGGUAUUUCUUUAAUUCUGAAAUCUUAACUGAUAUGUUUUAAGUGUGUAUGCAGUAUUAGAACUUGACUUCCACUGGAAUGCAAACAAACAAGCUAACUGGUCAAGAUUAUCAUGAUCAGUAAUGGAGAUAUGCAGUAUUGAUAAUGCACUCAUUUCUGAUCAAAAUUCUGAAGCUCCUAACCAAAGCUGCAUUGGUGUUUUCCUGAAUGAUGGACAUCCAGUGCAGCCAGCUCAUUUAUCACACCACCCUGUUCAAUGUGAAUGCAAUUUACUUUACAUUUGAAUUUCUCAAUAUGUUUGACAUUUCUGAGCAAUCUUAUCCAUGAACUUUGAUAUCAUAUGUACUAUAAGAAUAAUAAGAACCAUCUUAAAACUGUUCAUGUUUUGGUGGGUCUCUGUGUUGACACGCUUCUUUUUUAAAACUCUGCAUUUAAGGCCUUGACGAAGGACACAAGUGGGAUCAGGUGUUUUACCACUACCUGGGACAAAAGACCACACAUGUCGUGUCAGGCAGGUACAAGGACGGCAUAGAACAGGGAUAAGGUGACAGUAUCUGUGUUCUCUCCACCGCUCACUGUUGAUACCUAAUCUAGGCUUGGUUAUACAAUGGUAAUCUACACCAGCAUGAGAUCCAAAGGGAAUGCUGUAGCCAUAUGCCUGCACUUUGGCCCUAGAUUAUACCCUGUGACUCUGAAACAACAAAACAAAGUGUAAUGCCAAGUAUCAAAUGGAUUUUAAAUUCUGUUUCUCAUUAGUUAGCACUCACUGUACUUAUUAUUAUGUAUUAAGUGAAUAUUAGUGUUGAUAAAAGGCUUAGGUCUCUGCUCAGGUUGGGGACAGUUCAUAUUCUCUGAAAAGUCCAAUAACAUUUUUUAAUGUAUUCCCAGUAAGCUAGAGUGUUGUGAGUGAAAGAGGUUUUAGCCUCUUUAGCAUAGUUGAAUAAUUAACUCAACAUGUAACCUCAUUUUGCCUCACUACAUUUUUGACAGCAAUGAGGAUAUCUAUUUAGAAAUAUGAAUAUGGUGCAGUUGCACUCAUGCUGAUGGUUUACAGUGACAUUAAUAUUGUGUUUAAAUUCAGGAAAUUGUGCAAUAGAGCUUUUUCAAACAAAAAGUGGCAACUUUUUGUUUUUUCAUCCAAUAAGCUGGCUAAAUUCUCAUAGUACUGGGGCAUGUAUGCUGUACAUUUGUUGACUUUUGCAGCCUAAUUGUUAGCAUGCACACAACACCCAACGAUAUUGGUCCUGUCUACUAAGCAGUGGUAGUGUAAAUAAUUAAGUGUAUUUUCUAUUUUAAAUAUUUCAUCCAUGUUCCUAUACUGUACUCCUUGUCCAAACCAUUGCAGUGAACAAUAAGAAAGUUAGGGUGCUGUUGAAAGGCAGCAAAACAAGUAAAGAAAAUGUCUGCUAAUUGAUGAAACACUUCUAGCCUUAAGAAAACAGCAUUACACUGUAAAAGUGCUGUGAAGUUCCUUUAACCAGAGUUUUAGUCUCUCAGGGAGUACAGAAGAAAGUGGUAACUAGCAAAUAUAAUGUUUUUGAAAAAUUGCUGUUCUAAGAACAAAUUGUUCAUUGUGAUUCAAAAUCUGUCGACGUGUAUCAAGUGUAAUCAGUGUAACUGGAGUUUGAUCCUGAAAUUCUGUGAGAUUGAAUCCUAAUAUAUGAAUUCUUUGUGAUUAGGAGGCUAAAAUUGUGUGACCUUUGUUUCUUCUGGUGUUAGGCGAAGGUUAUUUUAAUUCACAUUACCUGUGUACCUGUAAAACUUCCAACUCCAAGUUCGUGCAAUAAAUAAAUACUGUAUUCUUGAUAGGAUGCACAAGAUAUUUAAGAUGAAACAGACUUGACAUGUAACAUUUUCAGGGAUGCAAAUUGACCCAAGAUCACCAAACUAAAGUGUUUUUAAUGAAACUUUAAAAUGAUAUUAUGGCUUCACAAAAAGCAAUUAAAAUUAUGUGUUGUUAGGACUCUGCUUGACUACCAUGCUACCUUUUUUGUGGUUUGCUGUAACCUGUAUGUGUGUGUCUUUAAUUAAAAAUCCAGUUGUAUGUACUGUAAAGUGUAUCAGGAAUAUAAAGCCAUUAUGUUAUUAA